GCUCCUCUCUUUCUGACUCCAAGCCCAGGGCUCUAUCCACCUUGCCUUCUAACUGUCUCACAUAGAGGCUAGAGACAGGAAGAUCUGAGUUUAAAUCCUGCCUCAGCUACUUGGUAGCUUGUAAUUCUGGGCAAGUAACCCAGCCUCGAUGGGCCCGCUUCCGCCGUUGUUCAGGGGGAAGGCGGUUGUGGGAAUCACCAGUCUCUGAGGUCUCUUCUAAGCGAAGCCUUUUCGUUUGCCUCUACCCACUCUGAAAUCACAUCAGGCCACCGCCCCAGCCUCUGCAGUCAUGGUUUUAACCGACUGAGAGGUGGAGGUCUGAGGUCAAAACUGGAAAAACCCUUCAGUCCCAUCUAAUCCACCUCUCCCCUUGUUUACAAAUGGGGAAACUGAGACCUGGGCAGGGCGCAACAAAGUGUUCCAAGCCUUCUGAAUGGGGCUCAGGGUCAAAGGGAACCCCACGGAAGCCCAACUCCCCCGGAAGGCAUGUUGGGAAGCCUCCACAGCAAGGACAGAGCCUGCAGGGCUGGAAGCGCCGGGCUGCCCCUACACUCCAGGGCCGGGAGGUUUCUGGGGACCGCAGGAAACCUCCCCAAAGACCGAACUUCCUGGCCACGCCGUGCACAUCUGGAGAGGGCACGAUGAUGAGCUCCCCGAGCCCUGGAAGUAUCCAAGGAGAAUCCUCUCUGAAUGGCAUUCUGGAACUCCCCGUCCUUUUCACGCCUUUCCCCUCGUCUGGACUUUGGGUGCCGGCCGCCUCCAUGGGCUGUCUCUGCGGCCUCCCUCCCUGCGCACCGUCCUCUUCGCCCCCAGCUCCCGAGGCCUCACACUAGAUUGGUUCCUGCCGGGCCGGGACUCCGGGGGAUACCCGUGGGGGGUGGGGGUCUCACCCUUCUAGUGGGCCCCUCCUUGAAUGAAGGGGUAACCCCGCCAGGGCCAACGGUUUGCGCUGAGCAGGGGCCUUUCCAAUACGCAGGCACAGAGGCUCUGUUGGGCGAGUAAACCUCGGACUCCUCGUGGUGAAUGCCUGCAGCGGCGCAUGCGCAGUGCGGGCCAGGAGGCGCCGUCCCGCUUCCGAACUCCAUUUGCCAGAAUGCACCGGGAGGCCCCUCAGGUGCGGAAUGACGUAGACUUCCCAUUUUGGGAAUCGUUCUUCCGGGUGUCAGAAGGCCAAGGCCGUGUCCCUUCUAGGAGGCCAGACUUGCAGCCCGGUGCUCCGGGGGCGGCUCGAGGGGCUGAGCCGGCGCGGUCUGCGCCUGUCUCCAAAGGUCCUGAGCAGCCGGUGAGACUGGGCUUUCUUGGCCCCUCCUGCCGCCUCCAGAGCUUCAGUUCUCAGGUGACUGGACCGAGCCCCAAGGGAAGAUCCUGGGUGGAGCAAUCUUGCUUCUGAGCCCCCCAGACCACAGCUGGACUGAGAAGUGAAGGUGGUGGGGGCCUUUCCUACACGAGGAGGAAUCCCGCCAGGAGAUGGGCCUGCCCUGAGGUCUGAGCACACAGCCUGAGACAGUGCCUUCCACGAGGAGCAGCCCCUGGCACUGCCUGGGGGGCAGCGAGAGACUCCUGCCCAUCCUGCCUGGGCAGGGAGGACUCAGCCAAGACAGCACCAUGGAGGACUUGGCCCUCCUGCUUGGGGAGAGAGCUCAGACUCCCCAAUGCUUCGCCUUUCCCCCAGACAGAAGGACUGAGCACGGCAUGUCUUCUGGAUUCCUCCCAGCCAGGCUUCGGGAAUCAGUGACAUUCAAGGACGUGGCUGUGAACUUCACCUGGGAGGAGUGGCGCUACCUGGAGCCUGCCCAGAGGGCCCUGUACAGGGACGUGAUGUUGGAGAACUAUAAGAACCUGGUCUCCCUUGGGCUUCCUGUUUCCAAACUGGAUGUGAUCUCCCUGUUAGAGAGAAAAGUACAGUGGAUGCCAGAGGGAGAAGUUUCCAGAGGCUCUUGUACAGGUAAGAACCUUUCUAAGUACAAGUUGAAGAAGCACUUCAGUUACCACUCAGAUCUAAUUAAAUUUUAUAGAAUACAUGCUGGAGAAAAGUUACAUGAACACAAUGAAUAUGGAAAACCGUAUGGAAGAAGAUCAAAUGUUAUUGGACAUCAGAAAAUUCAUAUUGGAGAGAAACUUGAAUGUAAUAACUAUGGGAAAACUUUUAUCAACAGAGGAAGCUUGAUUAAAAAGAAGAAAAUUGAGACUAGAAAAAAAUCCUUUGAAUGUGAUGAAUGUGGGAUAGACUUCAACUGGAGGUCAAACCUCAUUAGACAUCAGAGAACUCAUACUGGGGUGAAACCCUUUGAAUGUAAUGAAUGUGGAAAAACUUUCAGUGAGAGAGCAUCUGUUACUAGACAUCAAAGAACACAUACUGGAGAGAAACCCUUUGAAUGUAAUGAAUGUGGGAAAGUCUUCAGCAGGAGGGAACAACUCAUUACUCAUGAGAGAACUCAUACUGGAGUGAAACCCUUUCUGUGUAAUGUAUGUGGGAAAGCCUUCAGAGAGAGCCAAGUACUCAAAGGCCAUCAGAGAACUCAUACUGGGGAGAAACCAUUUGAAUGUAAUGAAUGUGGGAAGGCUUUCAGUUGGAAAGGGCAUCUUAUUAUGCAUAAGAGGACACAUACUGGAGAGAAACCCUUUCAGUGUAAUGAAUGUGGGAGAGCCUUCUGUCAGAGAGGGUCCUUUAAUAGACAUCAGAGAACUCAUACUGGAGAAAAACCUUUUGAAUGUAAUGAAUGUGGAAAAGCCUUUAGUUUGAAAAGUGUUCUCAAAAUUCAUCAGAAAACUCACAUAGCAGUUAAACCCUUUGAAUGUAAUGUAUGUGGGAAUGCCUUCAGUGACAGAAAUGUUCUCAAAAGCCAUCAGAAAAUACAUUCUAGAGUGAAACCUUUUGAAUGUAAUGCAUGUGGGAUAGGCUUUCAGUGGAGGUCAAGCCUUGUUAUACAUCAGAGAACUCAUACUGGAGAGAAACCUUUUGUUUGUAAUGAAUGUGGGAAAUGCUUUAGUCGGAAGGAAAAUCUUAUUAGACAUCAGAGAAUUCAUACAGGAGUGAAACCUUUUGAAUGUAAUGAAUGUGGGAAAAGUUUCAGUGAGAGUAUACACGUCACACAUCAUAGAACUCGUAUUGGAGAAAGACCCUUUGAAUGCAGUGAAUGUGGGAAAGGCUUUAGCCGGAAAGGAAGCCUUAUUAGACAUCAGAAAAUUCAUAGUGGAUUGAAGCCCUUUGAAUGUAAUGAAUGUGGGAAAACCUUCAGUGAGAGGGCAUCCAUUAAUAGACAUCAAAGAACUCAUACAGGAGAGAAGCCUUUUGAAUGUAAUGAAUGUGGGAAAGUCUUCAGCCGGCGAGAACAACUUAUUGCCCAUGAGAGAAUUCAUACUGGACUGAAACCCUUUCUGUGUAAUAUAUGUGGGAAAGCCUUCAGUGAGAGCCAAGGGCUCAAAAGGCAUCAGAGAACUCAUACUGGAGAGAAACCAUUUGAAUGUAAUGAAUGUGGGAAAGCCUUCAGUUCAAGUAAUGUUCUCAAAAGCCAUCAGAGAAUUCAUACCGGUGAGAAACCUUUUGAAUGCAAUGAAUGUAGGAGGGCCUUCAGUUCAAGUAAUGGUCUCAAAAGCCAUCAGAGAACUCAUACAGGAGAUAAACCUUUUGAAUGCAAUGAAUGUGGGAGAGCCUUCAGUUCAAGUAAUGUUCUUAAAAGCCAUCAGAGAAUUCAUUCAUACAAGAGUGAGAUCAUUUGAAUAUAGACAUAAGUGAAGACCUUUAGUGACAACAUUCUUAAAAGUCACCAGAGAACUCACACUGGAAAGAAACCCAUUGAAUGUGAUGAAUGUAGCGAAGGAUAGGUGGAGGGCAAACCUAAUUAGGUAUCAUAACCUUUUGCAAUAAAUGUGGGGAAGACUUCAUUGAAAGUAGACACACUGUGUAUCAGAAUUCACUGUUGAAAAAUUAAUAUGGGAAAGGCUUUAGCUGGAAUGAAAAUCUUAUUAAGUAGACCUCAAAGGACAUACUAUAAGGAGAAAUCCUUUGAAUGUAGAGAAUACUUUAGUACCAGGAGAACAAUUUAUAUAACAACUAUUAAAAUGUGAAGGAAAAUUACCUUUAACAACUUCAGAAAUCAAUGUAGUGAUCAGUCAUGACUACAGAAGAGAAAUAUUGAAACAUUCUUCACACCUCUUAGCAGAGAAAUGAUGGACUUGCUGCAGGGCUUUGGGCUCAGCAGGGCAUACUGCCUAUUUUUUAUGGCCUGAAACCCAAGAAUAGUUUUUACAUUAUAAAGUUUUAUUGUCUUUUUAAAUGUAUAAACCAUUCUUAGCUGGACCUGUACAGAAGCAGGUGAUGGGCCUUCCAAGGGCCAAAAUUUGCUGACUCUUGGACUGAAGAUUCAGAAGUUUUCAGACAUGAUGAGUGUUAAUUUAUUUUGCUUAAUCAUAUUUAUUACAACAGAGAGCUUUUACCUUGCAUGAGAAAUGUUGUGGGGGAGGGUAUGGGUCGAUACUGAUGCAAAAAAAAAGUUUCUAAAACAAACCACAGAAUUAUGCAUAAUGAAUUCUGACAAGGAUAGAUUUGUUACUAUCCUGUUAAAGUUAAUAUUCAUUUAAAGUGUACAUAAUAGUUUACAUAUUCAUGUAAAUUCUUUUUCCUUUGUAAAUUUUUCUUUUAUUUUUCAUGUUUGAGUUCAUAAUUAAAAGAAACCUAAAUGGAAACUAAGAAAUCCUUCAGCCAAGAGUAUCAUUGGGAAAUUUAUGCUAAGAGAAACCCUUGGAAUGCAAUAAAUGUGGGGAAAGGGUUCAGCAGAGGGCAAACUUUAUUCUCCAAAGAAAACUCAUAUGCAAGAGAAAGCUUGUUGCCUUGUUUGGCAUGGCAAAAUGGGUAGGGUGAGUGGCUGAAUAAGAUGUUAAACAUAUCAUGGUCUGGGGCCAACUAGAUAUAGAAGGCUAGUGGAGUUUGUACUCACUUAGCAAUUAGGACAGCUCACCCUCAGGGCAAGUGUUCUAAGGCAAAGUGGAUUAUCAUUUCUUGAGAUCUUGCCCAGAGAAUGCUAUUCCAGGUGGAAAAAAUUGGUUUAGCAGGAGAGUACAUGGCCAGUGUAGAUGACUCAGUGAGAUACCAAAAGCUAACAUAUUCGGAGCACUUCUGUAUAAAAAGGGACUGUCAUCCUCACUGUUGUUGGACCCCAAAGAUUGGGCUGGCAAGUGUGAACACUGUAGAUGUGGAAUGGAAUGUCUCCUUGUUUGUAGAGAUUGGAGUCUUAUUCUUGGAAGAGGUCCUAAUGGUAGUCUGCCAUACCAAAUGUCACUGCAGAGUUGGUCUGUUCUAUCUUGUAUUUGACUCUACUGCUUACCUUCCCCUGACUCUCUCCCCCAGGUGGGCAUCUCAUUUGACAGUACUUUCUGUUGGGAGUGUACUUUUAGUACUUCUUUGAUAGCUUCUAUUAUUUGUCUGUCACCCUAAAUGCUCUCUUCCCUUUUUUCUGUUCUUUUACUUUUUUGACGUUCCUUUCUAAUGUAAGUAGGGUUCGCUCAUCUAGUAAAGACUGGACUCUCAGAUGUAUCUUAUUCAAAUGUCUCUUUAAGAAUUCUACCAACUUCUAUUAAUUUUUUCAUUGAUAUCUUUUGUUUUUACAUCACCUGCGUUUCCUAUUGUAUUCCUCUCCCUCCCAGAGAGUUACUCCUUGUAACAAAUACUAAAGAGGGGGGAAAGUUCAAAAAAACUAAGCAACAUAAUAGAAAAAAUGAAAAAAAAAUUAGAUGCAGUAUUCCACACUCAGUACCCUCAAGUCUUUCAAGAAGUAUCUAUAUUUCAAAGGUAUAUAUACCUUCUUUGGGCUAAACUUGUUCACUAUAAUUUCGUAGCAUUCAAAAUGAAAACUUGCCCCCUCUAUCCAAUCAUUAGCUGUGAUUUAAUUGGAUUAAUACCAGGGAUUCAAAGGUGGUCUAACAUUAUGAAAACAAUUAGAACAAUUACAUUAAAAAAAACCAUCUAAAACCACACAAUUAACCCAAUAGAUAGUGGAAAGGCUUUUGCCAAAGUACAACACACAUGCUAAAAAUCCUACAAAGCAAAGGCAUAGAAAGAACUUUAAUAUGGAGAAAAGCAUUGGUACAAAAGCUAGCAUUAUAUGCAGUGGGGGAAUAGUGUAAGUUUCCUCAAGAAAUAGAGAAGGAAAAGAAAGCUGCCUCUUUCCUUGAUAUUUUACAGCAUGUUUUUAGAGUUACUACAAUAGCAAGGGGGGGGGGAAAUGAAGGCUUUAUAAAGACAGGCAAAGAGGAGACAAAACUAUACUUCAUCUGCUGAUGUCAUCAUGGUUUCCAUGGAAAAGCCCAAGGAAUCUGCAAAGAAACUAAUUGGGAAAUUUAAGGCUUUGAUAUUGUCCAAAAUAGCUACCUCCAUUGUAGUCAGACCAUUCAUUUCCCACAUACCUACUCCAACAAAGCCCUGAAGACGAUAGCACAUGGAAUAAUCUAUAAAUAACAUGAGAAACUACCAUAAAUGAUUUCUGAAUGCUUUGGAGGCUAACCAGAAACCUGAGGACAGUAGGAAAGAGGGUCGCUGGAGGUCUGGUUCCAGCACAGGACAGCCUCCUAGCACAACCAGAUCUGGGCAGGGUCGUGUUUAGUCUACAAGUGUCUGUGUAUGGAGGCAGCAAGAGCAGAGAGCUCUUCCAAGAAGGCCCCAAGGCGGGGGGCAUUAGAAGCCCCAGGAGUGGGAACAAGUAGGGACCACUUUAGUGCAGCUGUUCUCAGGAUAGAAUAGCCCUGCUCCAGGGAUUCCGGUCCAGCACUCUUCUUGAGGUGUUGGAGAGGGGCCAGAAGACCCAGGUCUCUGAAUCUCAAAGAAUCUAGGGGGCCUAACCCUGGGAGGUGGAAGUCAAUUUAAAAGCCCAGGUGACCCAAAGUGGGACCAAAGCAGAGCCAACCACUGAACCCAAAGCCUCACCAGGGGCCUGAGCCUGGCCCUGGCACAGAGGCCUAAUUUAGGAAAUAAAGCUAGAGAGAUGGGUAAAUAUAAGAUGAUAUCGACCUGUGUCAGAAAUUUUUGUAGAUACAUUCUCCAAAUGAGCAACUCUGUAAGACUGCUAGCAGAGAGUCAAAGCAUGUUCCACAAGUACUACACAAAUACCUAGAAGAAAUAAAGUGAAAGAUAAAGAAUUAAGUAAAACCUUUGGAGGAAAGAACUAGGAAUAACAUAGUUUAAAACUGUUCCCUAAGCUUCAUUUAAGAAAGUCUCUAGAAAAAUAGAUUACCUCAAACACAAAUCAUUGACUCUAUAAGGCAGCAAGAAAUGUUAGAACAGAGUCAAAAGAAUGAAAAGGUGGGGGGGGAAUGUAUCUUAUCAAAAAGGACUGAUAAGGAAAACAUACGAAGUAGAGAUAAAUGUCAUUGAAUUCCCAGAAAACUAUAAAGAAAAAAAGGUCUGGAGACUAUAUUAGAUCCAGAGGAUUAAGUAAAGCUGGAAUCUACUAAUCACCACCUCCUGAAGGGAAAAGCUCGAGGAAUCUUAGAGACAAAAUGCCUCUAUCCCACACAGGAAAAAAAAAAUAUCCCCAGCAUACAGAAAGAAGUUGUUCCAAGUACCAAGGAACUACAGUUAGCAGUUCAUCUAAAAUCCAUUGGCUUCUACUGAAAACAAGAGGAGAUCUUGGAAUACGAUAUUUCGAAAGGCAACUCAGAGUUACCCUGCAAUGUGGAGUAUGAUCUUACCAGGGCUUGGGGAAAUGGACCUUUCAUGGAACAAAGGACUUCCAAAUGUUUCUGAUAAAAGACAAGAUUUUAGUAGGAACUUUGAAAUGCAAAUAGAUUACAGAAUAACCUUGAAGGUAAAUUUAUUUGAGUAGUAGCAAUAAGCUGUAUAAUUACGUAGUACCAACAUUCUGUUGGGGGUCAUGGGGAGAAACACAUAUCCCUUAAAAACCUUAAUUUCUUCAAAGAGUAUUGAAGGAGUUAAAUGGAGAGACUUGGAGUGGACUGCCAUUUUCAGCGUUUGGAGAAGAGAAAGAGAAGGGAGGGUAAAAAGAAUAUUAUUCUUAUAUAUAAUGGGCAAAGGAGAGUUUAACACACAGGCAGUUUGGUGUAUAAAUUAACCAAACUCAACAGGGAUGCGGGGGAGGGAGCUAAGAUAGAGGAAGAUAAUAUCAUGGAAGGAACAUACAAACAAAACAGAUUUCCUCAUCCUAAAAUUAAAAUGGGGAGAGAAAGGAACUAGGACCUAGAAGAGUGCCUUAGUCAAUUGGGGGAUGGCUGAACAAGGUGUAAUAUAUGAAGAAUGGAAUAUUAUGGCAUCACAAUAAAUUACACCAAGUGAAGGAAGCGAGCCCAGGAGAACAAUUUCUACAAGGACAGCAACAUUGCAAAGAAAACAACUUGGAAAAACUCAUGCACUCAGAUCAGUGCAAUCACUACCUUGUCUCAAGAGGCUCUAUGAUGAAGCAUGUUACCUACUUUCUCACAGAGAAGGGAUGGGCACAAACCACAGAGACAUUUUGGAGAUGAAUAUUUGGAUAUUUAACAUGCAGUUUGCUUGACUAUGCUUAUUUGCUAUGAAGUUUUUUUUCUUCCUCAUGCUUUUUAAUGGGAGCGAUCAAGGGAGUGGAUUAGAAUUAGUAAUGCCAAACGAUAUAUAGGGCCCUAUUUUAAAAUGUUUUAAAUUUCACAGACCAUUUGUAACAGGAGUAAGCUUGAGUCUACUUGCUGUUGCAAGAGAAUAACUUCUAGCUCCACCCCUGGUUGGAGGACCAGGGCCUAAGCAUGAGCUGG